CUGAGGCCAGUCACAAAGAAACUUGCAUCAUUUCAUCUUGCUUGUUCGAAGAGAGUGCAGAUGGCUGCUAGGAUCACCCUCAUCGCUGCUCUUCUUGCCCUGGCUUCCUCUCAUGCAUUGGCAUUUGAUCCGAGUCCUCUCCAAGACUUUUGCGUUGCUGACUACGACUCCAACGUGUUUGUGAACGGAUUCGCCUGCAAGAAAGCUAAGGAUGUCACGGCAGAUGACUUCUACUUCACCGGCUUAGACAAGCCCGCGAGCACCGCCAACGAGCUUGGCGCAAACAUCACUCUCGUCAACGUGGAACGACUCCCAGGCCUCAACUCCCUUGGCGUCGCCAUGUCUCGCAUCGACUACGCGCCCUUCGGUCUCAACCCUCCUCACUCGCAUCCACGAUCGUCGGAGAUACUGCACGUGGCGGAAGGAACGCUCUACGCCGGCUUCGUCACCUCCAACACGGAAAACGGCAACCUUCUCUUCGCUAAGAAGCUGAAGAAGGGCGACGCGUUUGUGUUCCCCAGGGGCCUCAUACACUUCCAGUUCAACAUCGGGGACACCGAUGCGGUGGCGUUCGCUACCUUCGGCAGCCAGAGCCCGGGUCUCGUCACCACCGCCAACGCACUGUUCGGAUCGAAGCCGCCCAUCGCUGAUUACAUUCUUGCCCAGGCCGUGCAGCUUAGCAAGACGACCGUGGGCUGGCUUCAGCAGCAGCAGUGGUUGGACAUCGCUCAAGAAUAUGGACAACGCUUAGUACAAGCCAAUUAAGAUACUCUUAGAUGCAGUGGUUGGACAUCGCUCGAGAAUAAAUUCUAUAAUACAUUAAUGACGUCAUGAGGUUUACCUCGUGCAUGGUUUAUUCUAUAAUAAAAAUAAAGCUUGUGGUAUUAGUGAA